CUCCCGGCAUGCAGCGGCGCAGCGGCACGGCCACCAUGGCGGCGGCGCUCUGCGGACUGCGAGGGCUGCUGGUGGCAGCAAGGUGGGCAGUGGGCUCCACCAGGCCCCUGGGGAGGCCGGUCCCCCCGGGCACACGGCUCCUGGGGCAAAGCUGCCGCCGGGCAGCAGAGCCAGGGGCCGGGCCGGGGCCCCGCGGCAGGGGGCUGCCCGAAGGGGUGGAGUACAUCCCCACGCGCAAGAAGGGCAAGAACCCCAUGAAGCCGGUGGGGGUCGCCUGGUACAGCCUGUACGCCCGCACGAGGCUGGGCUACCUCUUCUACCAGUGGCAGGUGAGGAAGGCCAGGGAGCGGUACCCACACGGCCACUCUGUACCCCAGCCCUGCCACUUCCCCGGGGUGAAAAUCCUGCCCAUUCCCGUGCUCUCCAACAACUACAGCUACCUGGUCAUUGACACUGGCUCUGGCCAAGCAGCAGUCAUCGACCCCUCUGACCCACUGGCCGUGCAGGCUGCCAUUGAAGAAGAGGGGGUGAUGCUGGAGGCCAUAUUCUGCACCCACAAACACUGGGACCACAGCGGGGGGAACACGGCACUCCGCCAGCAGCAUGGCUCCUGCAAGGUGUACGGCAGCACCCUCGAUGCCAUCCCUGAGCUCACCCACCCGCUUGCUGACAGGGAGAAGGUGAGCGUGGGCUGCCUGACCUUCGAGGCGCUCGCCACUCCUGGUCACACCGUGGGCCACAUGGUGUACGUGCUGGAUGGGGAGCCCUUUGGUGGCCCCCCCUGCCUCUUCUCUGGGGACCUCCUCUUCCUUGCUGGCUGUGGCAGGCUGUUUGAGGGCUCCCCUGAGACCAUGCUCGCCUCCCUGGACAUGGCUGUGAGCUUGGGUGAGGACACACUACUGUGGCCAGGACAUGAGUAUGCACUGGAGUGCCUGACCUUCGCCAUCCUUCUCGAGCUGGACAACCCUGCGCUGGAGCAGAAGCUGCUGUGGGCAGCGCAGCAACGGCAGGAGAAGAGGAGCACAUGCCCCUCCACGCUCGGGGAGGAACAGACCUACAACCCCUUCUUGCGGACCCACCGGCCGGAGCUGCAGGCAGCGCUGGGGCUGUGGCAAGGGGGUGGGGAGCAUCCUGAUGCCUUCCGUGCCCGAGUCCUCAAGGAGGUGCGGAGGCGUAAGGACCUCUUCAAAGCCACCUAGACACCCUCCCUCCUCUUUCCUGGAUUUCCCCCCCCCUUCCCAUGGGGCUUGGUGCUGCUCAGGCACAGGGCCCCAAGACUGUGUUUUGUUUUGCUGUGAAUCUCCCUCCUGGGGUGCAGGGCUGGGGGGGAAGAGUGGACACCCUCCCUCCUGUGGGCACCCCAUAAGUGAUCCCUGCCUUUACUCCCCCAGACUUGGGGGUCACCAGCUGUCACAUAGAAGCACCUCAAUCUGUAGCCCCCCACCCCAGUACUAGGGCUGCAGGGAUGGCAGAAAAGGGCUUUUCCUAUCCCGUUUUUCUGGGAGCCUUCAAUUUUACCCACCCCCCUGCCCCAGUGCUCAGGGAGUCCCCCCCUUCCCCUCACUGCCCCUAGUGCUGUGCAUCUCCUUUGGGGAGGGGGGCUGGGAUGGACCCCCAGUCUCUAGGCAAGGGGCUUUUCUCUAGCACCCCAUGUUUGGUGCUGGAGCUGCCCCCCCAUGCACGCACACACUGGGAUGGGGCCAUGGGGGCACACUGGUGGGGUGUGGGGGGGUGAUGCUGUACUGGGGGACUGG